CCUGGAAGUGUGGUGGGGAGCAGCAGGUAGAGGCUGGAAACUUCAGUGCAGCAUUUCUCCUCCUUUAUUUAAUGCAGGGAGGUUGUGGGCAGGAGAGGAAAUCCAGCAGGGCUCAUAAUUAAUGUAAACACAGAUCAGUCAGUGAUGUCCAGCUUGUAUGCUCAGGUACCAGCCCCUUGCCCUGGCCCCAUUCUCCUCUAGGCUCUAGUCUGACUUUCAUCCCUUCAUCCUUGCUCAGUGGGACAGAGGGAGGCUGCAGCCAAGAGAGGGUCAUGGGAAUCCUGGCACAGACAUGCUCCAAAAAAACUCAACACAGCUGCCAGGGAGCAGGCUGCCACUGCAGAGCGAAGUGAGCCAGAGCCAGAGGGCAGCGAGGUUGGGCUGUGGACAGAGCAGAGGAGCUGCGGCCCUCAGAAAGAUUUAAUUGGGUUUUUUUUGGUGUUCAUAACUCUCUGUUCUAUGAAAAACCAUUGCAGGUGUGAGCAGCCAGGCUUUGGAAAGGAUAUUGUGACAUAGCUUCAUGCAGCAUCUUGGAUUUUCUCUUCACCAGCUGGAGUAAAAGAAUUCAGCAGCAAAGUUGCUAACCAGGUAUUGAGGCUGCAAAGGGAUAAUGGACACACGGAUUACCCACCGCUUGGGAAAACAUGGAAACUUUCCAAAGGAGGGUGCCAAAGAUGGGCACUUGACUGACAAAGUACCAGUGAAGCCCUCCAAGGAGCUGAGGCCCAUGUUGGGUGCCAUCCUGCUGGGCCUCAUCCUGUUCAUUGCAGCAGUGGUGGCCUGGUGCUACUACACGGUGUCCCUGAGGAAGGCGGAGCGGCUCAAGACGGAGCUGAUGGACCUGCGGGCGGACGGCUUCGUCAUCCGCAACCAGCACGGGGAGGUGGUGUUCCGGUUGGCCUUCCGCUCGGGCAGCCUGGACCUGGAGUCGUGCUCCAAGGAGGGCGAGAUCCUGAGCUGCUCGCGCUCCAGCCGGGGCCCGCUCAACUUCUUCAUCCAGACGGUGAAGCCCAAGGACACGGUGAUGUGCUACCGCGUGCGCUGGGAGGAGCUGGCGGCCGGCCCGGCCGUGGAGCACACCAUGUUCUGGGAGGAUGCCCACUGGUGGGGCUCCGAGAUGAGCGUCCAGCACUGGCCCAUCCGCCUGGCCGGCUACCAGGAGCCCGUGCCCUACGUGACCAGCGACGUCUACUCCUUCCGUGACAGCUUUGGCGGCAUCCUCGAGCGCUACUGGCUCUCCUCCAAGGCGGCGGCCAUCAAGAUCAACGACUCCGUGCCCUUCCACCUGGGCUUCAACGCCACCGAGCGCACCCUCUUCUUCCAGGCCCGCUACAAGGACUCGCCCUACAAGCCCCCACCGGGCCAGCAGCCCUUCCCUGAGCUCAGCUACCGCGUCUGUGUGGGCUCCGACAUCACCUCCAUCCACAAGUACAUGGUGCGCAGGUACUUCAACAAGCCCUCCAAGAUCCCUGCUGAGAACGCCUUCCGGUACCCCAUAUGGUCCACAUGGGCCCUCUACAAAAAAGAUAUAAACCAGGAUAAAGUUCUGAAUUUUGCAAGAGACAUUAAGAAAUACCAUUUUAACUGCAGCCACAUUGAGAUUGAUGACAUGUACACCCAAGCUUAUGGAGACUUUGACUUUGACCCUGUCAAGUUCCCCAACGUAACAGAGAUGUUUGCAAAGCUGAGGGAAGAUGGGUUUAAAGUCACUCUGUGGAUUCAUCCUUUUGCACACAUAGAUUCGCCCAAUUAUGAAGUGGGGAUUGAGCGUCAGCUGUUCAUCAAGGAGCCCUCGGGGCGGCUGCCGGCCAUGGUGGAGUGGUGGAACGGCAUCGGGGCCAUCCUGGACUUCACCAACCCAGCAGCCCGUGAAUGGUUCCAGAGCCACCUGCGCCAGCUCCGGCACAAGUACGGCAUCUCGUCCUUCAAGUUUGACGCGGGCGAGACCAGCUACCUGCCCAAGCAGUUCAGCACCUUCCGCCCGCUGUCGGACCCCAGCAUCUGGUCCCGGCGCUACACGGAGAUGGCCAUCCCCUUCUACGAGCUGGCCGAGGUGCGAGUGGGCUACCAGUCACAGAACAUCUCCUGCUUCUUCCGCAUCAUUGACCGCGACUCUGUCUGGGGCUACGAGCUCGGCCUCAAGUCCCUCAUCCCCACUGUCCUCACCAUCAGCAUGCUGGGGUACCCCUUUGUACUGCCAGAUAUGAUUGGAGGAAACUUCCUCCCCAACAAGACGGAGGGAGCGGUGGAGAUCCCCAGCCGGGAGCUGUACGUGCGCUGGCUGGAGCUGUCAGCCUUCAUGCCCUCCAUGCAGUUCUCCAUCCCGCCCUGGCUCUACGACAAGGAGGUGGUGGAGAUUGCCCAGAAGUUCACGCAGCUCCACGAGUCCCUGGUGGCCCCGCUGCUGCUGGAGCUAGCCGGGGAGGUCACCGACACGGGCGACCCCAUCAUCCGUCCCAUCUGGUGGAUCUCGCCCCGUGACGAGGCCACUCAUCGCAUCGACUCCCAGUUCCUCAUUGGGGACACCCUCAUGGUGGCUCCUGUGCUGGAGAUGGGCAAGCAGGAGCGCGAUGUCUACCUGCCAGCGGGCAAGUGGCGCAGUUACAAGGGGGAGCUGUUUGAGAAGACCCCCAUGCUGCUCACCGACUAUCCCGUUGAUCUGGACGAAGUUGCCUAUUUCCUCUGGGUUUCCUAACAGGCUUCUAAUCAGCUGUGCAAUGGACUCAGUGAUUAGUUUACUAGUGGCCUUAAUGACCUGGGAAUGUUAAUAAUUUUUAAUGUAGCAGUAUUUCAGGCUGAAAUUUCAAGGAGACACUGAGACCUCUGUUUUGUGUGGCAAUUGUUCUACAAUAACUUAUUAAAAUGUGC